AAGAUCCCCUGGUAUACUUAAAGAUACCGAUCGAUAACAUUGGUGCACGUGGCUAGGAAGGGUUAGGUUAGGACGUUCUGAUCGUUCUGAUGCUCAUAUGCUUUGCGUUCUUUACCACUGUUUCCUAGUCAAAUAAGAGAUGUAUUACAGGGAUUGUGCUAAGAAAACAAAUGAAAGCACGUUAUAAAAAUUUGAAACUUUAUGUCGCUUACGUAUUCUGAUGCUACCGCGGCGAAUAUAGGCAUUUGAGGUUAGGAUAAUUUGAUGAAAUGGAGAAUAUGUUAACACUCGCAGAGACCCUGUGUAAUAAUUGUUUCCUAGAAGUGAUGUUUAAUGAACUGAAUAUCAAAGUUUAAAAUGACUCUCAUAGAUUAUUUCGCGUCGUUGUCAGAUAAUCCGUAUUUUGGUGCAGGAUUUGGGUUAUUUGGACUUGGGGCAGGAGCAGCCGUACUGAGGAAGUGUUUUCAGGGCUCACUUAUUUUAUUCCGUCGGCAUUAUAUGAUCACGUUAGAGGUGCCGUGUCGAGAUAAAAGCUACCAGUGGCUCCUUCAAUGGAUUACAGAGAAAGGCGCCCGACAAACACAACAUCUCAGUGUGGAGACUAGUUUUGAACAAAAAGACACGGGACAAAUUAAAACAACAUAUGAUUUCAUUCCCAGUGUAGGAACACACUUCUUCAGGUAUGGAGGAACUUGGAUUCGUGUCGAGCGCACAAGGGAACAACAAACACUUGACCUUCAUAUGGGGGUGCCCUGGGAGACCGUCACUCUUACAGCAUUUGGAAGGGAUAAGCAUAUGUAUUUCAGUAUAUUGGAGGAAGCAAGACAGAUGGCGCUAAGGAAGCAUGAAGGAAAAACCAUCAUGUACACAGCAAUGGGUUCAGAGUGGCGACAGUUUGGUCAUCCACGCAAGCGGCGGCCAAUCCAGUCAGUGGUCCUGGACACUGGUGUAGCAGAAAGAAUAUUGUACGAUGUGAAGGAGUUCAUAGCAAAUCCAGGCUGGUAUAGUGACAGAGGUAUCCCAUAUCGCCGAGGGUACCUGUUACAUGGCCCACCAGGCUGUGGUAAGUCGUCAUUCAUCACGGCACUGGCUGGUGAAUUGGAAUUCGGUAUUUGUGUGCUGAACUUAAGUGAGCGAGGUUUGACAGAUGACCGACUUAAUCACCUCUUGAGCGUAGCUCCACAGCAAAGCAUCAUUCUGCUGGAAGAUGUGGAUGCAGCAUUUGCUAGCAGAGAAGAGAAUGCCCAAGUAAAGGCAGCAUAUGAAGGUUUAAAUCGAGUCACUUUCAGUGGGCUUUUGAACUGUUUGGAUGGUGUGGCUUCCACAGAGGCUCGUAUUCUGUUCAUGACAACAAACUACAUAGACAGGUUGGAUCCAGCUCUUAUACGUCCUGGUAGAGUUGAUGUGAAGGAGUUCAUUGGUUACUGUAGCCGUGAACAGUUGGAAUUGAUGUUCCUUCGUUUCUAUCGGGGUGAAGAAUCAGCAACUCUUGCAUCAUCCUUUGCAAAUUCUGUUCUUAAAUUUAAGAAACCUGUUAGUCCAGCCCAAAUUCAGGGAUAUUUCAUGUUCCAUAAGGAGAACAAAGAAGAAGUUCUCACGAAUGUGGACAAAAUAUGGACACUGUCAUAGGAGUCAGUAAUUCAUUCGCAUUCACACCUUAAAAAAUGGAUAUUCACUCUUAAUACUGUCAUUAACACCACAUUUGCGUUUUGCCAUCAAUGUAUGGAUGAAGACCAACAAAUUCUCACAGGGUCUCACAGCACAACAUAAUAGUUGACAAAGAAUGCAGAGAAUGAUACAAACAGAACUCCUGUUAUGGAAGCAAAUCAGAAUACUACCAACAUAAAUAGAAAAGAAGACAUAUUGCCAACAGAAAAACAAAUAAUUUGUGAAAUUGUGUUUUGUAGAUUAGCCACCACGAGUGUUAACAUCAUUAUAGAAAUGCCAAUUACAGAGAGUUGCAUCUGUUACCAAGCAGUUAUUGAUAGAAAUGAACGUUACAGAAGAGCACUUAGAAAGCAGAACAUUUGAAAUAAAUCCGGGGUAGCGGAACAUAUGAAAAAAUGGGAUGAAUUGGGAACCCUACUAUACAGUGGUCAUUGCUAGGCAGUGGCCUGUAAAUAUCAACAGAGGAACGUUGUUUUCUGUGCGGCCCUUGCCAAAAUGUUAUAAGCAGGACAAGUCAGGAGUCAGGCAGUCAUUGAGGAGUGAGUGAGUGAGUGAGAGGACUGCUGCAGUUCUGUUGUUGUGAGCAGUUGCGGUUAGAAGCUGGUAGAUGAGGAACCCAGAGAAAAGGGGAUGUCCACUGUUGGAAUCCACUACCAUGCAACAGUUGUGAAAACGUGACUGUGGACACUGGUGUGUGUGUGUGUGUGUAUGUGUGGGUGCGCACGCAUGCGUGUGCAUGUCCAUUAAAUCCAAUCAUCAAUCCAGAACCCAUCUAUAGUCAUCCUACAUAAAAUGAAAAAAUAAAAACUCUGUGG